AUGUGCCUCGCAAGACAAGGAGAUGACCCUGCAGGAGGGGCCACGGCGGCAGUGGCUGACCGGCAGGUUCUUCCUACCAAUGUCAAGCCGCUGCACUAUGACUUGACUUUGGAGCCGGAUUUCAAUAAUUUUACUUUCGAGGGGACCGUUAACAUAGACCUUGAUGCCGUUGAAGAUACCAACUCCAUUUCCCUCAAUGCCAUAGGUAUCACUAUCCAUUCCUGUGCUGUGUCUGCUAAUGGAGUCGAGGUGGCUUCCAAUCCAUCAGUCACCCUGGAUGAGGACAAUGAAACCGCCACUAUUAGCUUCGAUAAGAUGAUUACAGCGGGAGCUAAGGCUCAAUUGAAGCUGACCUUCGCGGGAACUCUGGGUGAUAACAUGGCUGGAUUCUAUAGAUGCUCCUACAAGGGUGUUAACGGAGAGCAAAAAUACAUGGCUGCCAGCCAAAUGGAGCCUACUGAUGCUCGAAGGGCAUUCCCUUGUUUUGACGAACCUGCUCUGAAGGCUACGUUUACCGUCACCCUGAUCGCGGAUAAGAAUUUGACUUGUUUGAGCAAUAUGGAUGUAGCAUCGGAGACUGAAGUGAAGUCUACGUUCACUGGGGUUACGAAAAAAGCUGUCAAAUUCAACAAGUCCCCCCUGAUGUCAACAUAUCUUAUUGCCUUCAUCGUUGGUGAACUCAAUUAUAUUGAGACCAACGACUUCAGAGUACCUAUCCGCGUCUAUGCUACUCCAGAUCAAAAUAUCGGUCACGGAGGAUUCGCCCUUGAUCUUUCGGCCAAGACCCUCGAAUUUUACGAAAAGGCAUUUAACAGCCAGUUUCCUCUUCCAAAAAUGGACCUGGUUGCGGUGCCAGACUUUUCUGCUGGUGCAAUGGAGAAUUGGGGUUUGAUCACCUACCGCAUUACGGAUGUUCUUUACGAUGAAAAAACUGCUGGUGCCGCUACUAAACAACGGGUUGCGGAAGUGGUGCAACAUGAGUUGGCUCACCAAUGGUUUGGCAACCUUGUCACAAUGGAUUUCUGGGAUGGCCUCUGGCUUAACGAAGGAUUUGCAACUUGGAUGUCUUGGUAUUCAUGCAAUGUCUUCUAUCCCGAGUGGAAAGUAUGGCUUUGUCUCUCGAUUCGCUGCGAAGCAGCCAUCCUAUUGAAAAUUCCUGUCAAGCGUGCACAUGAGGUCAACCAGAUUUUCGAUGCUAUCUCUUAUUCAAAGGGAUCAUCUGUGCUCAGAAUGAUUUCCAAGUACAUUGGUGAAGAACAGUUCAUUCAGGGAGUUAGGGUCUAUAUCAAAGAGCACGCCUACAAAAACACCAAAACUAGUGACUUGUGGGCAGCUCUAAGUAAAGCCAGUGGGAAACCUGUCGAGUCGGUGAUGGACAUCUGGACCAAGAACGUCGGAUUCCCAGUUCUCACUGUUUCUGAAAACGCAAGCAAGGGAUCGAUAUCCGUGAAGCAAAACCGCUUUCUGCGAACUGGUGAUGUCAAGCCAGAAGAAGACAAGAUCCUAUUCCCCGUGAUGCUUGGCUUGAAGACUCGUGAGGGUAUUGAGGAAGCACUCAUUCUUACUGACCGUCAAGCGGAGUUCAAAAUCCCAGACCUAGAUUUCUUCAAGAUUAAUGCCGAUCACUCUGGAAUUUUCCGGACCUCAUAUACUCCAGAACGCCUUGAAAAACUUGGAAAAGCCGCGAAAGAUGGACUCUUAACCGUGGAAGACAGGGCCGGAAUGAUCGCUGAUGCUGGGGCAUUGGCUGCCCCAGGAUAUCAAAAAACAUCCGGCAUUCUUUCCCUGCUGAAAGCAUUUGAUAGUGAAUCGGAAUAUGUUGUGUGGAACGAAAUCCUCACUCGUAUCGGUUCCAUCCGUGGCGCCUGGGUAUUUGAAGAUAGCAAGGUUAAAGAUGCUCUGAAGUCAUUCCAGCGCUCUCUCGUCAGCGCAAAAGCACAUGAACUUGGCUGGACAUUCUCUGGGAGCGAUGGCCACAUUCUGCAGCAAUUCAAAACGUUGUUGUUUAGCGCUGCUGGAUCAUCUGGGGAUCCGGAGGUCAUGAGGGCUGCAAAGGACAUGUUUAAUCGUUUUUCAGACGGUGAUCAUGUUGCUAUCCAUCCCAACAUCCAAGGAAGUGUGUUCGAUAUUGUGCUUCGAGAUGGCGGUGAAAAGGAGUACAACGUUGUCCUCCAAUGGUACCUCAAUGCUCCAACUGCUGCGGAGAAGACCACGGCGCUCCGCUGCUUAGGCAGCGCAGGAAAGCCUGAGUUGAUCCAAAAGACUCUUGCUCUUGCCCUUUCGGAGGAAGUGAGAGCCCAGGAUGUCUAUAUGCCGAUCUCUGGGCUACAAGUGCACGCGAGUGGUAUCAUUGCCAGAUGGGAAUGGCUCAAGCAGAAUUGGGAAACUAUUAACAAGCGAUUGCCUGCUGCGUUUGGAAUGUUGCGCUCUGUGAUACAAAUCUGCACAGGAAGCUUCUCGACGGAGGCGCAACUUCAUGAUGUUGAGGCUUUCUUUAAGGAUAAGGACCAAAAGGGAUAUGACCGUUCUCUUGAACAAAGUCUUGAAGGUGUCCGUGCUAAGAUUGCCUGGCUCCAGCGCGAUCGGGCUGAUGUCGAGAAGUGGCUCAAAGACAAUGGGUAUAUUACUCCAUAG